AUGGCGAAGCCCCCGGCCGCCUCGGCGGCGGCGGCGUCGGAGGAGCUGAGCCAGGUGCCGGACGAGGAGCUGCUGCGCUGGAGCAAGGAGGAGCUGGCGCGGCGGCUGCGGCGCGCGGAGGGCGAGAAGGUGGGCCUCAUGCUGGAGCACGGCGGCCUGAUGCGCGACGUGAACCGGCGGCUGCAGCAGCACCUGCUGGAGAUCCGCGGCCUCAAGGACGUGAACCAGCGGCUGCAGGACGACAACCAGGAGCUGCGCGAGCUCUGCUGCUUCCUCGACGACGACCGGCAGAAGGGGCGCAAGCUGGCGCGCGAGUGGCAGCGGUUCGGGCGCCACGCGGCCGGCGCCGUAUGGCACGAGGUGGCCCGCUCGCAGCAGAAGCUGCGUGAGCUCGAGGCGCGCCAGGAGGCCCUGCUGCGGGAGAACUUGGAGCUCAAGGAGCUGGUGCUGCUGCUGGACGAGGAGCGCGCGGCGCUGGCCGGGGGCGCGGGCGGCGCGGCCGGCGGCGGCGCGGGCUCCCGCAGCUCCAUCGACAGCCAGGCCAGCCUGAGCGGGCCUCUGGCGGGCGGCGCGGCGGGCGCCGGGGCCCGCGACGUGGGAGACGGCAGCAGCACGUCGAGCGCCGGCAGCGGCGGCAGCCCGGAUCACCACCACCACGUCCCGCCCCCGCUGCUGCCCCCCGGGCCGCACAAAGCCCCCGACGGCAAGGCCAUAGCCACCCGCCGGUCCCUGGACGACCUGUCGGCGCCCCCGCACCACCGCAGCAUCCCCAACGGCCUUCACGAUCCCUCGUCCACCUACAUCAGGCAGCUGGAGACCAAGGUGAAGCUGCUGGAGGGUGACAAGCUGCUUGCACAGCAGGCAGGCCCCGGAGAGUACCGGACGCUGCGGAAAGGCUUCUCCCCGUACCACUCGGAGUCCCAGCUGGCGUCCCUGCCGCCCUCCUACCAGGACUCCCUGCAGAACGGUCCGGCCAGUGUGGUCCCCGAGCUGCCCUCGCCCCCCUCGGCUGGCUACAGCGCUGCGGGACAGAAGCCCGAGGCCGUCGUGCACGCCAUGAAGGUCCUGGAGGUGCACGAGAACCUGGACCGGCAACUCCAGGACAGCUGCGAGGAGGACCUGAGCGAGAAGGAGAAGGCCAUUGUGCGCGAGAUGUGCAACGUGGUGUGGAGAAAGCUGGGGGACGCCGCCAGCUCCAAGCCCUCCAUCCGGCAGCACCUGUCCGGUAACCAGUUCAAGGGGCCGGUGUAAGGCCUUCUCAGGGAUGUGGACUGCCCGCCGGCCCGGGAGCGCAGACACGCCGCAGCUCCCUGGCCUGCGCCGAACUGUACAUAGAGCGCUGCCGCCGCCCGGCCCGCGCCCCACCAGCAACCCGGGAGACGCUGCCGACUUCCCCGCGCCAUGGCCAGUGGCAGCUGGACCUGCUGCAGGGACACCACUUCCCACCGACCCGCGGUGGCCUGACGCCACUCACCCCGCAGGGGUCCCCGAGUCGUGGACAAGGAAAUUCUGUCUGUGGCAGGGUCCCCAGCCCCCCUGCUGCCGAGCUCUCGGUGUUAGAUUUCGUGUCCCUCUGCCCCUCACACGCACACUCUCUGCCAUGUCCCGCGUCUGCCAGGCUGCGCCCUGGCUCUUCCGGUCCCUCCUUCCUGCUCGUGCCCAGGCAGCUCCGUUCAGCGCUUCCCUGGCUGGCGAGCAACACAGGAGGCCCCCGUGGCAGGGUCUCGGGCUGAGCCAGGUGGGGAGCCUGGGCCAACACCGCGCCGGCGGUCAGCUGCCGCGGCCCCGGGGCCUGGCCCCACUCUGGGUCCCCGUGGACAGGGCUGCUGGCCUGGCUGGCAGGCGUCUACCCUCCUUGGAAGGACUGGCCCUAGCUCUAGGACCUUCUGCAGCUGAAGCUCUGGUGGAAAAAUGAGGUCUCGGAGCCUCAGCCAUGCCCCCGGUUCGAGGCCACCAGCCUUCUCUCGUGCACAGCCAGGAGCCGCUGGGGUGGGCCUGCUGGCUGGGCGGGCGGGAAAGCAGAGGCCCAGGCUGAGAUCCGCUGCCUGGCUGCCUCACUGCAGUGGACAGUCACCUCUCCUCCGAGCCUUGUCCUCUACUACAGAGGGGAAGCCGAGGUCCCCCUCGCAGGGCACUGCGGAUCGAGCAAGGCCUUCCGUGUGAUGGCAGAUCACGGGCUGCAGUCUGUGUGCGGGAACGAGGCCCAGGGCGGUAAAUGGCCAGCAGCUCCCAGCACCUGAAGUGGCCUCCACUCACCCCUCAACCAUCCCUGUGCCCCUGGUCCACCCGCCCUUGGGUCCUACACUCAGGGGAAAGGCUCCAGUCCUCACUGUGCCCAGGGGGAGUGGCGCUGGCACUGCUGACGGCGACAGGCAUGCUCCCUCGCCCGUGGGGCGGGAGCGCGGUGCUCAUUCGGGAGGGAGCUGGCCCUUGGGUCAGGUGGUCAGCAGGGUGGCGCCUGCAGCUGGGCGAACACCGUCAGUCCCAAGACUGGGUGACUCCUGCCCAUCUGGAAAGAGCUGGAGGCAUAGAGGUGAUGCCUGCGGAGUAGCCCCAAGGGUCUGGGUUCUAGUUGGGUGGGGGCACGCCUAGGAACCGGUCUGUCAUUUCUGGAUCGGGCUGGCUUGGCCGCCACUGAAAAUAAGCAAUAAGUCAGGGCCCGGGGUCCGCAGCUCUCGCGCAGACAGGCCCAGCCAAUGGGCCUUCCGCCUGGAGGUGAGUGACCCUGCCCCGACGCUGCCCGGUGUCCAGGUAGAGCGUGCCUGUGAGACCCCUCCUGCCUGCCGUGAGGCAGCAGCAGCUGGAGCAGAUGCCCCCUCGCCCUUGCUUGCGCCCAGGCCAGCAUUGCCCAGGCCGGCUUUCCAGGGCAGGAACGCACCAUGGUGGGCACCUCACUGACAUCAUAGCUGGCAGUGCCUCUGGGCCCCGUCCUGGUGCCGUGCACCGCGGCAGCGGGAGCCCAUGGGGGCUGGCGCAGGGCCGGGCGACGUGGGCAUGGCAGGGUGACCGUGGCAGCCGCCCGCCCCGCGCCGUGGCCCUCAGCGCGCACAGUGGGCGGGGUGCUGAACUCGGUGUCCUUUCAUAAAGGUCCCUUUCCGUUUCCAGCGCUCGGAUUCUCGGUGUUGAAGCCCGCGUGACACCUAUACUGUGGCUUCCGUUCCCACUGUGACGGCUCGCCCUCCAGCCUCACCCAGGUGGCCGAGCCCAGCCCGAUGGGGCUCUGCUGAGCACAUUUUCUAGGGUGGCACGUUUUUAUCCAAAAGCUAUUAGCUACACAUCAGUGUUUAAAGAAGAAAAAGUGACCUUUCUUUUUUUUUUUCUUGAAAACUUGAGAGGAAACAAAAUACAUACUACUGAUUUUUUUUUUUUUUUUAAAGAAACAGGAUGCAUGACUGCAGGCAGUAGAGGUGUCUAUUUUUCAUAAAGUGGGGGGAGUAUUUGUGCUGCUUUCUGGGAAUGGGCUGGAACGUCUGGUUUCUGUCGCCGGCGGGCAGCCACGCUCUGUCUUCUGGAGAACGUGACUGCCGGGCACCGCGCCUGCCCGCUCCCAGCGCCCACAGAGCUGGGAUCCGGGGCCUCCUGGGCCCGUUUCUACCUUCAUUUGAACCACUCUGAUUUGGGGAGAGAAAGAAAUAGAACUUUUUGAUAGCGUGGUAAAACAUUGAUUUGAACUAUUUUAGUAAAAGGAGUAACAGAGAAGAUUGUGAUAGUGUCUACUUUGCGCUAGAUAAUAAAGGCUCUUUGCAAGCCUGCGGCUGGGUGUGCGGUGCUUGUCUGUCGCGGGCAGGGGGAUGUGGCCCUCGGGGCGGCUGGUGGAGACCACUGGCAGCUGCGUCUGAGGCCCGGCUAGGUCGG